CCAUCAAUUCCAACUCGAGUGGGAAAAGCUAAAAUAAUCGGACCCCAUCUCCUCGGCCCGUGGGAUCCCCCUCCUCCGCCGCCCACGGAUCAGCGCCACCGCGCCGGAAGACCGGGAUCGUGACGGCCACAUGGUGGCGGCGGCCGCGUUGCCAUGGGGAGGCGGCUCGCCGGCGUGGAUCGACGUGCCGGAGCGGAGCAAGAGCGCGUUCAUGGAGCUGAAGCGGAGGAAGGUGCACCGGUACGUUAUCUUCAAGAUCGACGACAGGAGGGAGGAGAUCGUCGUCGAGAAGACCGGGGCGCCGGGGGAGAGCUACGACGACUUCACGGCGUCGCUGCCGGCGGACGACUGCCGGUACGCCGUCUACGACCUGGAUUUCGUCAGCGACGACAACUGCAGGAAGAGCAAGAUUUUCUUCAUCUCCUGGUCUCCUUCAGAUUCUCGCAUCCGUGCGAAGACCAUAUACGCCGUGUCAAGGAAUCAGUUCCGCCACGAGCUUGAUGGGGUGCACUUCGAGAUCCAAGCAACUGACCCUGACGACGUUGAUCUGGAAGUUCUCAGGGGCCGUGCUACCAGGACCUGAUUGACCUCGACUUCGCUAGCUGGAUGGUAUACAUGCCGGUCGCUUAGAAAUGCCUACCGUGCUACCGAGGUAGCUCGUGUGCACUGAUGUAGUAGAAUAGUAGGCUGCUGAUCACACCCGAUCGAGCAUGCAGUGUUUCUUUUUUCUUUCUUCUUUGAGGUAGCACCUCUGUCAGUGAUGUUUUGUCUAACUAGAUAAGUUCCCUCUAAUAUGAUGUGGAACCUUACAGCUAAUUAUAUAUGUAGUAUCUUUCUGCUGCUAUGCCAAUUGUGUUUCA